CAAAAAUUAAUUAUUGUCAAAAGUAAAAAAGGUCAUAAAGUUAUUUAUUUAUUUAGUUUUUUUAAUUAGUUAACCUUAAUUAAAGAUUCAUCAAUUAAAAAAUUAGCACAAUAUAAAUAUUAUAUGAACGUUAGUAAUUUAAAAGCAGUUGUUUAUGGUGAUCCUAAAAGCGGCAAAAAAAGCCUCAUAAAAUAGUUAUCAAACAAAAAUGGAUAGUUAGUGAUCGAAGAUAAGGUCGUAAAUGCACAAUAUAUUUUUGAAUUUCAAAUUAAUAAUUUCGAACCAGAUGAAGAUACGAUAUGCUUAAUUUAUGUAGUAGAUUUAACAAAAGCUGAGUCUUUAGAUGAUAUUUAGACCAAAUAUUACUCAAAGAUUAAUAAGGAUUAUAUUCCAAUAAAGAAUAUUUCUAUUUUAGUGGGAAACAAAGUAGAUAGAGAGGAUGAUAGGUAAAUAGACAAAGAUGAUUUGCAGACCUAUGCUGUAGAUAAUGGAAUGCUAGUAAAUGAAGUCUCUUGUAUUAAUAAUGGUUCUAAUAUUGAAGCAUUAAUAAGAUAAAUAACUAAUAAGGCUAAACUUUUACUUAAGAAUUAAUAAAAGAGAGUCCCAGCAGGUAACAGUAAAUCACCAAGAACUUUGCGUGAAAAUAUAAUGAUAACUCAAAAAAAUACUGAAAAGUCAUAGGAUUAAGUUUAAGUUGAUGCAAAUUAAACAUUAUAAAAACCUUCAUAAGUUAAUACUUCUCAAAUAAACAACGUUAUAAUUAAACCAAAAGAAGUAAAUGAUAUAAGAAAAGAAUAAAGAGAUGUAGAAAAAAAUAGAGCUAGUAAUGGAGAUAUAGAUGGUAGCAGCUCCCCAUAAAGAAAGAAAUUCGAUUUUAAAGAUAAACUAAAGUAAUUUACUAAAAAAAAAGAUGAUUAGGAUGAUCCUUCUGUUUGUUUAGAGGAAAAAAAAGAAGUUAUUAUAGCUAGUUAAAAAGACAUGAAAGAUGUUAAAUAAGGCUUAAAGAAAGUAGAGGUUAAUAAAAUAAAUAAUAUUCCCAAAUAGUAAGAGCAAAAUAGCAGUAAUAAUAAUAAGAAUGAAUUUUUAAAUAAAUUUUAGAAGAUUACGCAAAAAAAUGAUUAAACGCAGCCUUAAGAUAGUAAUACAUCAAAAAUUGAAAGCAAUUAAUUUCUUUAAAGAGAUAGAUAAACUUCUUUUAAAGGCUAAGAACAAAAACCAACUACUGCUGUUACAAGCUAAAUCAAAAAAUUUGAAAAUGUUGAGCAGCCUCAAAAACAAGAGUCAAAAACAUCUUCUUCGAGGUCUUCUGUAGUUAAAAGAAAUUCAAUUUUACAUAACAAUGAGCAAUCAUCUCAAAAUAGUAAUAGAAGAAACAGUAUUAAUUAAAAUGGAAAAAUUAAUACUGCUGAUAAUGAUUCUAAAAGUAUGGUAACAGGUAAUAAAUUAGGGAACGAUUAAAAAAAUAAUAACUAUAAUUCAAAGGAAGAUGAUAAAAAGAAUAUUCUGCUUCCUUCAUCCAACAAUAGUCAAAGAUCAGAAUAAAAUAACAGUAAUGGAGGAUAAAGCCUGAUUGAAUCGAUGUAUAAAAACAGAUUAAGUAUUUCGAAUAAAAUUCCUCCGUCUGCUACUAAUGGAAAACAUGAAGUUAAAAAUGUAGUAAAAUUUUAAGAUGAAGUUGUAGAAAAUAAGAGAAAACAAUCAGAUAUUACUGGUAGUAAAAGUUUAGUUAAAGAUUCUACUUAAAGUAAGUCUAAUAUUUAAGAAGAUUAAUCUAAAAAGAAAUUAUCCCCUCUAGAAUUGUUAAAAAUGAAACCUGAAAACAAUACUAACAGCAAUAAACUCUCUACUCAGCAUACAAACUAAAAAAAAGAAUCUGAAAAUUAAUAAUAGGAAUAAAAUGAAAAAAGUUUAAAUUCUAAGAGCGUUGAAAACUAAAAGAUUCAUGAAGCAAAUAAUUAAAAGUAGCAAAUAGAUUUAAUUACAUAAAAAAAUUAAAGUGAUUCUAUUGAAUAAAAUAUUAGGAAAACCUCUUUUUAAAAAACAUAACCUAAUUAAAAAACUGAGUUAUUAGUAAAUUAAACUGAUGAAAAAUAAAAAAUUGCUAAGUUAGCUUCUUUAGAGGAAGGGGAAAACUAAGGUAGACCAUUACCAUAACCAUAAAUAAAUAUUUUAUAAUGCUCUAGCUCUCCUAAGCAGAAAUAAGAAAAUGCUUAUUUGAACUUAGUUGGAGGUGUAAGUGAUUAAAACUCAGCUAAAAAGAGCUCAAAUAGCCUCAAUGAAUAUUUGGAAAACGAAAAUCUUGUUAACAAUUAACUUUCACUUUUAAAUGAGUUAGCAACAUAAAUUUAAUCAUAAAAUAAUGGUGCAGCAAGAUUCGAAAAUAAUUCUCAAACUUAAAGCCAACAAAAAUAAUAUAAAGAAAAAGAAGAUUUAAAAUAAUAAAAAACAGAAGAUUUGCAAUUAAAAAAUUAAGCAAAUACAAAACAACAAAACAAUGAAGAUUUUAAAUAAAAUAAUAAAUAAGAGUUAAAUUCACAACAAUAAUUUUAGCUACCAUUACAAUUUAAAACGAAGGAAAAUUAGCUGUACAAAAGUGAAUACUCAGAGAAAGGAGCUUAAGAUAAUGAAAAAAAUGAUAAUUAAGUAAAUGAAGCAGAAUAUUAAAACGUAUUCUAAUAUCUUAAAAUUUAUGAAAGUACAGUGAUAAAUUAAAACAAUCCUGUUUUCUAUAGGGCAAGUUUUGAAAAUGUACCAAAUAUCAUGAACCCAUCUUCUAAUGAAUCCUCUAUGAUAAAUCCUUAAACAGAAAAAGAAGAAUAGUCUCAUAAAGAAACAAAGCAAGAAGAUGUAUAGAAUGAAUAGCAGGUGCAAAAUUAAAUAUAAAAAAGUACAGGAUAACCUUUAAAUGAAAUAAAGUAAAUUAUAGAUAAUAAAUAGAUAACUGACAUGAAUAUUUUUGAUAGUAAUUUCAAUAGCUUUAAUAUAAAAGACAGCUCUGCUAAUAAAUAAUUAAAUAAUCAUAGUCAAAAUAGUCAAAGCUAUUUCUAAAAAUUUAAUCAAUUUAGAUAGAAUUAAUUCAACUAAUAAAGCAACGAGGAUUAGUAAAAUUAGAUAGAAAAUUUAGAAUAAUUCUAAUCAUUUUAAAAUAAGCAAGAUGUUGUCUAUUAAAAUAAGUAAGAUACAGCGAUUUAAAGUAAGUAAGAUACAGCAUUUGAAAAUAAAUAAUAAAAUUUGUAAGCAAAUAAUUAUAAUAUUAGCUAGCAACCUUAAAUAUAGCUAUAAAAUCAAAUAAUUUAAGCACAGAAUGAAAUCAAACAAAAAUAAUUAAUAAAUGAUUCCUAAUUAAUAUCAAAAUAGUAAAAUGGAUAUUUAGUAUAGCAGUAAGGACUAGAAAACUUUUAAAAUACAUAAUUAAAUUAAAUAUAGAUAUAGUAACAACAAUAGAUGCCACUUUAAAAUAAAUUUUAAAAUAAUUUAAUCUUUUAAUAAUCUAAUUUAUCACCUAAUUAAUAACCUAGUUUAGUUUCUUAAAAUAAUAUUAAUAAUUUAAAUUAAUCUCCUCCUUUAUACUAACAACAGUAGAUAAGUGAAAAUUUACUAGGUUAGUUUGGCUCACAAGGUACCAUCAAUCAUAAUAGCUUAUCAUAGGCAGGAAAUUUAUCAUUUUAACAGCAUAUGAGCUAGUAGUCAGACUAAGAUAUAUUAGUAUAAUAGCUGCUGAAGUAGCUUCUAAUGAAUUAAUAAUAUUAGCAAAAUCAGGUAACAAUGUAGCUUAUACAAUAGUUACUUUAAAAUCAAUAAAAUAGUAUAGGAUUUAGCUAAAAUGCAAUUCCUUCUUAAUUUUCUUUUGCUUAAAACCCAAAUAAUAUCUAGCUAAGCCCUUAUAUUUAAUAAACCUAAAGAUAAUAAUCUUAAUAGAGUAUUGUUUAAAGUCCUUAUGUAAACCCUUUUGAAUAGUAAUCUUAAUUUAACUAGAGUAAUAUCAAUGAAAUAUUAUUAAGACAAUAAUAAAUAUAAAAUUAAAACCAUUUAAUUUAAUUGUCACCAAUUAGUAACAACCUUAAUUCUAAUCAAUAGCUUUAACAGAUAAAUUUAUAAAAGGUAGAUGGAAUUCCUGAUUAGAUGCAAAGUGAAACCUAUAGAAAUUACUUUAAGAAUUCGACUCAAUUAAAUGAAAAGAGUAAAGAAGAAUAAGCAAAUUAGAGCAAAUACAAUAAUAUCUCAGAGUUAGAUGGUAAAGUAAGUAGGUUUUCAAUCCACACAAAUAACAUAACUCCUGAACCAAAUAAUUUAAGCUCAAUUGGCUAAGCUUAUUAUGAAAAUAAUAUUUAAUAUAGAGACAAUUCUGUUUUGGUAGCAGACAUCGAAAUGAAAUAAAAUAAUAUAAAUAAAUUUUCACCUCAUUCUUUGACAAGACCUAACGGUGAUUUACAUUAUAAUAACCUCCAUCAAUCCGAUGAAAAAUAGAAUGAUUUUCUAAAUAUUAAAGAUCAAAACAGUUAGUUUUUAAACGAUAGAGACAUAUAAAAUGGAGAGACUAGAGGAAGAAAUAUGAAUUAAAACUAUUUUUAUUAACAACAAUAUAAAGGCUUUCCAAGCGAGAGAUAUUAUUCUCAUUUGAAGUAAGAUGAGAUUUUAGAUAAAUCUAACCAAAGGAGAGAUGUUUCAGAAGGGAAUCAAAAAUAACCUUUCUAACACUUAUAAGGAAACAGACAGCAUCAAACUAGAGAAUUUUCAAAUAGCUCUCAUAUAGAUGAAUUAUUAAGAGAAGUCAAUAAUAUUAGCUUAAACAAGUCAACGCUUAAAGAUAAAUAUCAUGGAUCAUCAAUAUCUCAAAGCCAAAUAAGAUCAAAUAGAAAUUAAUAUGGUGAGAACUAAUAAGCUAAUACAAGUAAUAUUUUGCUUAACACAACUGGAAAUCUAGUUGAUAAAAGUUUAGAUUAAAUACAAGAACUAAGUAAAUUAGACAAAAACAUAAAAAAAUUAGAAGAAAGCAUAGAAGAUAUUGACUAUGAAUUGCUUUAGGGUAGAAUACAAUAAAAAAUCAAAUCUAGAAGAGAGCACUCUAAUAAUUAAGAUUUAAUAAGAGAAAAAGACACAGACACUCUAUAGACUGAAAUGAAUGACUAAGGAGUGCAAAAUACAAACUAUAGCUAAAGAGUCAAAGCUUAAAAUGAAAAAACACAAAAUAUUGAAAAACAUUCACACCUUUAGAUGCAGAAUAUUAUUUAGUCAUUGUUAAAUUAGGAAGAUGAUUCAUUUAGAUCAUCUAAUGUGCUAAAAUAAAAGCAAAUAAUUACCAAUGCAAACAUCCCAAUUUAUGAAACCAAGCUAUAAACAUCUAGGAAAAGUCCUUCAAAAAUUUAAUAAAUAGAAGAUACAUAAAUUAUAAAUGGUAAAUCUAUAUCUCGAAAAUCAAUUUAAUAAAAUACCUAAAGGACUAACAGGAAUGCCUCUGUUGAAUCAAAUAUUUAGACAUCACAUCAAACAUAGUACCUUCAUUAAUAAAACUUUAGCUCUAAAAAAUAAAAGUCAAUCCUUCUUCUUAACUUUGAAUACAAUAAUUAGUAAUUUAUAAUUGAUGUAUUUGGAGAUGAUACAAGCUUUUAAUUGGCUGAGAGGUUUUUUAGUUCUUAAAAUAAAACAGCAACAAGAAAUCAAAUCAAAAAAUUGGCAAAUAUUAUUGAGUCAAUUAUUAAUAAAUAUUGUACUAAUUUAUACGAUAAAAUUCAAAAAGUUGAAAAAAAAUCUUAAAAUUUCUAAAUCAGCAAAUCAUGA